AUGGGCACACUCAUCAAUAAUGUCACACAGUACUACACUUACGUGAACGAUGAACUGGCAGAUCCACGUACAAAUCAAUUCUGGUUGGUUAGAAACCCAAUACCAAUCAUGACGAUAAUGUUCCUGUACCAUAGGUUCGUCAAAGUAUGGGGACCAGCGUAUAUGGCUAAACGAGAGCCAUAUAACUUAAAAUGGCUUAUUGUAGCGUAUAAUAUUGUACAGAUCGGUUUGUGUGCACAUAUGGCUUUUCAGUGUAUAACAUGGUUAUACUUACCGGGAUACUACAGCCUUUGGUGCCAAAAGAUCAAUUACCAUGACAACGAAGUUGAGAGACUCAUCAUCAGCCGAGUGUGGCUAUAUUACUUUAUCAAAAUUGUUGAUUUACUUGACACUGUAUUUUUCAUUCUACGUAAGAAAUUCUCUCAAGUGUCAUUCUUACAUGUCUACCACCAUCUUGGAAUGUGCUUCCUUGGAUAUAUUGGCACGAAAUAUGUACCAGGUGGUCACGGGAUAAUGCUAGGAUUCAUUAACUCGGCCGUCCACGCCGUGAUGUACACGUACUACCUCAUCUCGAUCACCAAGCCCCAGUGGGUGCAAGGAUGGUGGAAGAAGUAUAUUACUCAACUGCAAAUCUUGCAGUUCCUUCUACUGAUCCUGCAUUUCGGCCACAUUAUUUUCGAGCCGUCGUGCGGCUAUCCCAAAUGGGUUGCGUUCGUCUUUUUGCCUCACAACGUGUUCAUAUUGUUCCUCUUUUCGGAUUUCUAUAUCAAGGAGUACAUAUUGAAAAAGAAAAAGGACAAUAAGUAG